GGGUAAGAAAUCGGUCGCAAUGGAUCUCAAGAAUCCUCUGGCUGUCGAUGCAUUCAAAAAACUGGCUGAGAAAUGUGAUGUGUUGAUCGAUCCCUUCCGUCCAGGAGUUCUGGAGAAAAAUGGACUGGGUAUGUCAGGGCGCAUUACGCCUAAACAACACACAUCUCGUUAG